AUGGCGAAUCGUUGGUGGGCCGGGAACGUGGCCGUGAGGCCCCACGGGCCCAACUCUUCUUCUCCUCCUCCGUCGCUUCAGCUUAGGGAUGCAAGAGACCAAGACAGCGACAACAACAACGUUGUUGCUACGCCGACCAACAGUGGAAACAGCAACAACACCAACGUUAACGCUGUGGAGGAGGAAGAGAACAACCACCACAACGAGCGUGAGGGUGAGGACCAGAACCUCGGAAGCGGUCGGAGGCCACGUGGGAGGCCACGUGGGUCGAAGAACAAGCCGAAGCCGCCGGUAGUGAUAACGAAGGAGAGUCCCAACGCGCUUCGCAGCCACAUCUUGGAGAUCAGCGGCGGAAGCGACGUGGCGGAGUGCAUUGCUGCCUUCGCCAACCGACGCCACCGCGGCGUCUCCGUGCUGAGCGGUAGCGGCGUUGUCACCAACGUCACGCUCCGGCAGCCGGCGACCCCCGGCGGGGUGGUCACGCUUCAGGGGAGGUUCGAGAUUUUGUCGCUCUCUGGAGCGUUUUUGCCGGCUCCGUCACCACCGGAGGCCACCGGACUGACCGUGUAUUUGGCCGGCGGUCAGGGGCAGGUAGUCGGCGGCACGGUGGCGGGGCCAUUGGUGGCUUCUGGGCCUGUUAUGGUAAUUGCUGCAACUUUUGCUAAUGCUACUUAUGAGAGGUUACCGUUGGAAGAUGAACAUGGUGAGGAAGAUAUGCAAGAGGUAAAUGAAAGUGGUGGUGCUUCAACUCCUCCUUCUCAGGGUGAACAACAACAGGUUUCAAUGCCUGUGUAUAAUUUGAAUCCCAAUUUGAUGCCAAAUGGUGAAGGUUUUUGGGGCUCUUCACCUCGCCCUCUUCCUCCCCCUUAUUGA